CUUUGUUCUUUUUAAUAGUUGACCAGUAUCCACCUGAAUACCCAGUUCCUAUCCUCUUCUUAAGAACAGAAUCUUAGAGCUUCAACCGGAAUAUCUUGCUGUUGACGGGGUACCAAACCGACUGCCAGUUGACUAUUACUACAUUAAUAGCAGCCAAGCCAAGCUUCCCCGCAUUUCAACAUCAUCAUCCGAUCGGCCACCUCAACUAUUCAACAACGAAACCGAUUGUUACGAAUACAGUGAUUGUUUAAGAAAAGAAAAUGUCUUCUGUUAUCGACGAAUCCGCCAUCUCGCCCACCCUCAACCCGACAAUCGUCCAGCACCGCCGGGAUUCGCUGGAGAAGCAUCUCCAAACGCGCCCGGAGCUGCAGGACCUCAAGGACAGACAUAUUCUGUUGGACACCAAUGCAGCCCCGAGCCUGCAAGCUACCCAGGCGGAGCUCGCCCGACGCCGAGCAUCCAUUAAUCUAAAGAAACAUCUCGAGAAACGCCCUGACCGCGAUGAUCUAGUUGAGAAGAAUAUCCUUCCUACUGCUCGCACCGACAUCGCCCCGUCUCUGCAAGCGAAUGCCCGCGACCUAGAGCGCAAUAUGCUCGCCGACAAUCUCGAGCACAAGAUCAAGGAUCGCCCGGAUCCGGAGCGCUUGAUUGCUAAGGGUAUUCUGGACGAGAGUGAGGAUCCACGGAGUCCUACCGAGUAGACUCGGACAAGACUCGCUAUUAGAAUCCCUUGCACCGUUUUUUGUAUUGUGAAUGAUUAUCGGCGUUGGGUUAGGAGAACUGAUCACACUCGUUCGAAAUGGCAUUGGCGUCGACUGGAUCGAUUGGAUUGGAUUGUAA